GCUGACAACUUCAGGGAGGAAAGUUUCUGGGGACCGCGCCUAGCACUGAGUGUCGCGUGUCGCGGUCUGGGCGCGCGGGGAUGGAGCGGACCCAGGAAGCGCCUGGGGGUGGCCAGACUGAGGCCAGGUCCCCAGGGGAGCCCUUGGAAAGGCCGGAAACGGAGCAGCCGCUGGUCGUCGUGGAGGCGCGGCCACCCGAGGUUCCCGACGGCCACCCGAGGGCAGAGCGUGCCGGGCGGGAGGCGGCGGACGCGGAGCUCCGGGAGCUCUUGCAGGAGAAGCCGCAGCCUCCGGCUGCGUCCGGGACCCCGCGCUUGCCGCCGCUCAGCCUGGGCUACGGCGCUUUCCGCCGCCUGGGCUCGUGCAGCCGCGAGCUGCCGCCGCCGAGCCCCACGCGGGCCGAGCAGCCCCGGGACGGUGAGGCCGAGCUGCAGCCCUGGGCGGCGUCGGGAGAGCCGGCGCCCGGCUCCUGGGCUCCGAUGGAGCUGCAGGUGGACGUGCGGGUUAAACCCGUGGGCGCGGCGGCUGCCAGCCGCUCGCCCUCGCCCGCGCCCUCCACGCGCUUCCUCACCGUGCCGGUGCCCGAGUCGCCCGCCUUCGCCCGCCGCCCCGCGCUCCCGCGCCUGCCGCACGCCCCGUCCCCGGGGUCCACGUGGGGCCGUGGAUCGCCGCUGGCCGCCACCCCCACCCUGACCGAGCGGAUCGGCGCCGCCGAGGGCAGCGCGGUUUCCCCGGACUCGCCCACCUGCCGCUGCCGCUGCCGCUGCCAGGGGCCCGGCCUUAGCGAAGAGGACGCGGGGCUGCUGCAGAGCGCGGGCGUGGACAGCAAGAGCCUGCCCCGGGCCGUCACGCUCAUCGGGCUGCCGCUGUACAUGAAGUCCCUUCGAUGGGCUCUGGUGAUCAUGGCUGUGUUCCUGGCUGUCUGCACUGUAACCAUUGUGGCACUGGCCUCCAGAGGCGGAGCCAGGUGCCAGUCAUGCCCUCAAGGCUGGUUGUGGUCUCAGGAACACUGUUAUUACCUCUCUGAAGAAGCCCAAGACUGGGAGGGCAGCCGUGCCUUCUGCUCAGCCCACCAGGCCACACUGCCUCUGCUGAACCACACCCAGGGCUUCCUGAGAAAAUACCAAAUCUCCAAAGACUCCUGGGUGGGGGCCCAACGGGGCCCUGAAGGCUGGCACUGGACUGAUGGGGUGCCCUUGCCAUCCCAACUGCUCCCAGAGGACAGCGAGGACCACCCAGACUUCGGCUGCGGGGGUUUGGAAGAAGGCAGGUUCGUGGCGCGGGACUGCAGCUCGCUCAGACCCUGGGUCUGUGCCAGGAGGGCCAGGUGACUUAGUGUCCUGUGGUGGACCUGUCUGGGGCUGUGUUCAUUGCUUUUGCUUUGGUGGCACCAACGUACCUGAAGAAAUGACUUCCAGGAGGCAGGAGUUACGAGGCUCGUGCUUUCCGAGGGCCGCACCUGGCGGAGCUGCCCAGUCCACAGCAGCAGGGGCACGUGCCAGGAAAUUCACGCUCCUGGGGACCAGAGGCAGAGGGAGUGCCCGAGCAAGGCCUGUCACUGUUGACACACCUCAACAAACCAGGCUCUACCAUCAAAAGCUCCCACAGUCCCCAAAUCCAGCACUAGGAGCUGGGGACAAGCUGGUGGGGGACAUUUCAGAUUCAAAGCAGAGUCUCCCUGUAAUGUCCCUUGAAGACUCAUGACUGUCUUUUGAGACAGGAUCUCUAUGCAGCCCUGGUUGACCUGGAACUUACUGUGUGGUCCAGGGUGGCCUCAAGUUCUCAACAACCCUCCCCAAGUACAGAGAUUGUAUGCCACCAUACCCAGACUGUGGCAAGCUCCUAAUGCAAAGUCCAUUUAGCCCAAUUUCAGGAGUUUCCAUAGUCUUAACAGCUCCAAUGUUGUUCAAAAGUCCAAAGACUUCUCUGAGAUCCCAAAUAAAAUAUUAGCUUUAAGGGGCUGGAGAGGUGGCUCUAUGGAUAAGAGCAUUGGAUUUUCUUCCUGAGGAUCUGAGUUCAAUUCCCAGCCCCCACAUGGCAUAUCUGUGACUCUAGUUCUAGGGCACCUGACGCCCUCAUACAGGCAAAACACAAAUUAUAUACUUCUAAUAUGCAAUAACAGAAUAAAAUUCUCAUUCCAAGACAGUAGGCAGGAAAGAUUAGACCAGUGCAAGACAGAUCCACCUGAGCAAAUCUUAAGCUCUGCAGCUCCAUGCCCGUCAUCAGAUGCUCUGGGAAUUUGAGGGCACCGUGACACUAUGAGACAGUUAAAUAAAAGCUUACCUUGAUUUGGGGCAAGUGACUAGUGACAACGCGGCUAGAACUGGCCAUAGAAAAGCCAGCAAUUCGAAUAGAGAAGGUGCACAGGACGGAAAGGGCUGAGUCGCCUUAUUUAUGGCUCUUAGACCCCAUAGCGCCCUUCCUUUUCCAGAUUUCUUUUUAAUGACAAAUGUAGGAGACGAACUGGAGGGUUCUUCAGUGCGUUGUGCUGCUCCUGUACCAGCUGUUCCUGUGCCUGUAAUUUUUGUGACGUCCAAGGCCAUUGUUCCUCCCACAGGUUUGUCAGCUAACCAUUUUAAAGUUAGGAAACUUUAAACUUGAGAAAGGGAGGAGCCUCCGUGCUGGCCCGUGAGGCAGUUUCCAGGUUGGGCUGAGGUGGAAAGACCUACUCUAAAUGCGACUGGCGCCGUUCCUGGGCUGGGGCCACGCUGCCCUCUCCCUCACCUCUUCCUUUAAGAUGCCUUUGUCAGAUACUUCAUUGCAGUCGCUAAUAUAUGCAACACCAUCCCUGAUAGCGCAGGGUCUUAGCCCAACCACGGAAGGCUGGGUCCGAGGUAAGGGUAAGUGAGCCACUCACCCAUUUCCCAGGCUGGCAGGAUCCCGGAGACGAUCAGACACAGCAGGAACUCAUUUAUUGUCCCAAAGCUUUUUCUAAAAAACCACAGGGGGGUGGGGCCCGCGGGACACAGCCAGCCAGUGGUUUUAAAAGUCAGCCUGUCACACACCUAGGCGCCCUACGCUUUACCUAGUGAACACAAGCUGUUCGUGCAGUGAUCACAUCUGGUUCCAUCUGGGCAACCAAUCAUCGUUUUUUGUAAACAACUCAGGACUCACCCCGCUGACUUUCCCUCAGUGCCAUUGUUGAUUUGUGUGCCCUACAGACUGCCCCUUUUUGUUUUAGACUGUGACCCACCGCAUUAUGAAGUACGGGCCUCUUGGCACCUCCACAGAGGGUCACCUCUGAUGGCACCUUUUGUCAAGGUUCACUCCAAAGGGAGAUAUCCUCAGGGGUGAGCCUGUCACAGUGUAUACGAGGGCUCAUCAGUUGGGUCUCUUGAGUCUUUGUUCGGAUUAGUCUAUCCAGCAAGGCUCAGAGACACAAAUUAAGGUUAUUAUAUAAAGAAACCUAACAGUGUGGAGAUUGCAUUAUCUAGGAGUCCGUCCCCGUGUUCUCCCAUCACAUUUGGAUAUGUCCGUUGCUGUUCGGUUGCUCCCUGGGCAUAAGUCAGUUUCCCUUAAAGCUGCCCUAUUGGGAACAUGUGAGCAGCCCAGGGAUUGGGGGUCCGAUACGUGGGGCAGAUGGCACCCCCACAGCCAUCCUUGAUGAAGAGAGGUCCAGUCUCCCAAGUCCCAAGGUCCUCGGGCCAGGUCACAGAGGUCAAAGAGGAGCAUAGGCCAUCGGGUCUGGGGACUGCCUCGUUCGUGGAGCUGUUGAGGACAUCUCCACUGGCGGCAUCCAUUGCCAUCCACAUUUUGGAGUCUUUUGGAGUCAAUGAGGGUUCUGCUGGGUGGUCACUGGGAGCGUUACAGUGGUCAGGAAGUGAGACAUCAUCUGUAAUUUUUAAAUUUUACCCCAGGGUCUGGCGCCCUUGGACAUGGUUAGGUAUCAUUGCAUUGGCCCUCAUAAUUCAGAAGACGAGCCUUGACCACCAUUGCUGCUUCCUCUCCUUGGUCAACCUGUUCUUGGUCAUCCUCCUGCAUUGUGGGAAGAGGCAGGAAUUUUAGAUUUCUGACCGGAAGCCAGAUGGGCGCUUCCUCCCCUAUGGGGAAGACACAUCCAAAUCCUCUUCCCAUUGUAAUUAACGGGUCUGGGCCCCUCCAUUGGGAUGUUAGAGGGUCUUUCUUUCCAUUUGAUCUUAACUUGGGGUUUGGAGUUUAGGUGACCCCAAUGUUUUCGGAACUUAGAUUCGGUUGAUAUUAAUAGUAAAUAAAGCCAUUCCUAGUUUUAA